UGGAUCCCAGAUCCAAGCUUCCAGUUACCCAGCACAGGCCCCACGCAGAGCCAGGCAGGGACAACGGCGCCGACUCCGCCUCGGGAACUGGGACAGCCCUUACAAUCCUCAGUCUCCGCCCCUCCACCCUGCCCUGACCACGUGGUGGGUGGCCCCGGGUGGUUUUGAGAUUGCGACCUCGGUGGACUCUAGAGUCCCGGCCACAGUUUCGAGAGGGCCCUGAGAGAGGACAGCACAGGACCGAGACCUGGAGAGAGCAAGCACGCGGCGCCAUGACCACCAAGGGUCCCGAGUCCGAGCACCCCUCCGUGACGCUCUUCCGCCAGUACCUGCGCAUCUGCACUGUGCAGCCCAAUCCUGACUAUGGAGCUGCCAUCGCCUUCUUUGAGGAACAAGCUCAAAAGCUGGGGCUGAGCUGUCAGAAAAUAGAGGUGGUGCCUGGCUAUGUGAUCACUGUGCUGACCUGGCCUGGCACCAACCCUUCACUCCCCUCCAUCUUGCUAAACUCCCACACGGAUGUGGUACCCGUCUUCAAGGAACAUUGGCAUCAUGACCCCUUUGAAGCCUUCAAGGAUUCUGAGGGCUACAUCUAUGCCAGGGGCGCCCAGGACAUGAAGAGUGUUAGCAUCCAGUACCUGGAGGCUGUGAGGAGGCUGAAGAGUGAGGGCCGCCGCUUCCCUAGAACCAUCCACAUGACCUUUGUGCCUGAUGAGGAGGUCGGAGGUCACAAAGGGAUGGAGCUGUUUGUGAAGCGGCCUGAGUUCCAGGCUCUGCGGCCAGGCUUUGCCCUGGAUGAGGGCCUGGCCAACCCCACAGAUGCCUUCACUGUCUUUUAUAGUGAGCGGAGCCCUUGGUGGAUACGGGUUACCAGCACUGGGAAGCCAGGCCAUGGCUCACGCUUCAUUGAGGAUACAGCAGCAGAGAAAUUGCAUAAGGUUAUAAGCUCCAUCUUGGCAUUCCGGGAGAAAGAAAAGCAGAGGCUGCAGGCAAACCCUCACCUGAAGGAAGGGGCUGUGACUUCAGUGAAUCUGACUAAGCUAGAAGGUGGCGUGGCCUAUAAUGUGGUACCUGCUACUAUGAGUGCCAGCUUUGACUUCCGAGUGGCACCGGAUGUAGACAUGAAGGCCUUCGAGAAGCAGCUGCAGAGCUGGUGCCAAGAAGCGGGCGAGGGGGUCACCUUUGAGUUUGCUCAGAAGUUUACAGAGCCCCGAAUCACACACACCGACGAUACAGAUCCCUGGUGGGCAGCUUUCAGUGGGGCCUGCAAGGAGAUGAACCUCACUCUGGAGCCAGAGAUCUUUCCUGCUGCCACUGACAGCCGCUAUAUCCGAGCGGUGGGGAUCCCAGCGCUGGGCUUCUCACCCAUGAACCACACCCCCGUACUGCUGCACGACCACAACGAGCGGCUGCACGAGGCGGUGUUCCUACGCGGGGUUGACAUAUACACACGCCUACUCUCUGUGCUGGCUAGUGUGCCCGCCCUACCUGGUGAAAGCUGAGCCCAUGCCUUCCAACCCCAGCAGCCUUUAGCCCAACCACUGCCAAGGCCCUGU